AUGGAGAGCUUCCCACCCUCCGCAUUCUCGCAAGAUCCGCUCUACCCAACGCCUACAUCAUCUCGACUAGAUUCCUCAACCAUAGACAAUGAUGCGUGUAUUGACACUACCGGGGCUGGUGAUAGUGGCCACGUCCCUCGUCCCAAGCGCAUCGCAUGCGUGGUCUGCCGGCGGAGGAAACUUAGAUGCGAUGGAAGGCGACCAAGCUGUGGAACAUGUUCGCGCUUAGGUCAUGAAUGCGCAUACGAUGAAGUGCGCAAGAAGAGUGGACCGAAGCGGGGAUAUGUGAAGCAGCUGGAAGCGCGACUAGCUCAAGUUGAAACUCUCCUUAAAGGACAAGACUCAGAUAAUGGGCAACGUACUUCUCCCCAUCAACCGCCAGAGCAAAACUUCGCAGGUGCCUUCCAAGAUGACUCUGUACUGGGCUUGCCAGAUAUCAGCGCACUUGGAAAUGAUAUGGGUACACUUCCCCGACAACGAACGGGUCAGAUUUUCUUUUCAGAAGUUAACAACACUUUAAAUGACCCUCAAUGGGACCUCAUCAGCUUGGGUCUGGAAGAGCCCCUCCCGGCUCCAGAUGCAAUCGAAGAAUUGGACAACAUCUUUUUCGAGAAAAUUUAUCCCAUGAUGCCGAUCAUCCAUCGUCCUCGAUAUUACGCAAGUCUGACUCUAGGUCCUAAUGCACGACCGCCCAUAUGCUUGCGUUACAUGAUGUGGUGUCAUGCGGCCUCAGUCUCUGAUAAAUACUAUUUCCUACACAAUCAUUUCUACCAACGAGCUCGCAAGUACGCCGAGACAGAUGAAAUGAAGGGGUUUGGAGAGUCAAUCGUUACUCUGGGACAUUGCCAAACGUGGAUUCUUAUCGGCGCCUAUGAGUUCCGAAUGAUUUACUUUCCGCGUGCAUGGUUGAGCGUUGGAAAAGCGACGAGAUUGGCAUUGAUGAUGGGCCUCAAUCGUCUUGACGGAUCAGGAAUUGAUGUAAAGCAAUCCAUGCUACCGCCCAAGGAUUGGACAGAACGUGAAGAACGCCGCAGAGUUUUCUGGAUGGCUUUUUGUACAGAUCGAUACGCAAGUAUUGGCACCGGAUGGCCUCUGGUCAUUGAUGAAAGUGAUAUCAUGACGAAUCUUCCCGCCUCCGAGGAAUCAUUUUUGAAGAGCAAACCACAAAGAACACUCCGUAUUUCUGAUAUAAUUGGUGGUGAGGGUGUGUCUACAUUGGCACCAUUUGCCUGUGUGGUGGUUCUGGCAAACCUCUUUGGCAGGAACCUGACUCACAUUCACCGUCCUCAGCCAUCAGACAACGACCAUGAUCUCAAUGGCGACUUUUGGAAGAGACAUCGAAGCCAUGACAACAUUCUACUUCAUAUUGCACUCUCAUUGCCCGAGCAUCUUCGACUUCCUAGCGGGACGGAUGAUGUGAAUGUCAUCUUCGCCAACAUGAGCAUUCAUACUUCCACAAUUUGUCUGCACCAGGCUGCGAUAUUCAAGGCUGAGAAGAACAGAAUGCCCAACCAGAUCAUUACCGAGAGCAAGCGCAGAUGUCUUGUUGCGGCGAACCAAAUUUCCAGCAUCAUGAAGAUGGUUAGCCACGUGGAUCUCUCCAUUUUGAAUCCUUUUAUGUCAUUUUGUCUGUAUAUAUCAGCAAGGGUUUUCGUCCAGUAUAUGAAGUCGAGACCCGAUGACUCUACUGUUUAUUCAUCAUUGCAAUUCGUUGUUGGAGCCUUGAACGCGAUGAAGGCCAAGAAUCCUUUGACCGAAUCGUUCCUUGUCCAGCUGGAUGUUGACCUUGAAGGAACUGGCCUUCGCGCUGAAUUUUCAAAAUCGGGUUCAUCAUAUGUUCAUCAAGCGAUGCAAACAUAUUGCGCUGAUAGCAUCGAAUGUACGCCCAUCUAUAACCUUCGACAGAAUGAUGAAAUUCCCAAUACAGGAUCACAAGAUCAUGCACCUGCGAGUGGUCAGAACAGAGCUCAAGCUGGUAUAACUACAUCGCUCCCAAGUCGACACAGGGAAUCGUCAAAUUUCGACGUUGAUCGUUCCUCUGGUGGUGUCGACCCACUUCAAUACUACCAGUCUAUACGGCAGGCCAAUGGAAAUGCAGAACCAUCUGCUCAUGGAAUUGCCAUCGAUGUUGACAUGGAAUACUCGCCUGACUUCGGUAUUGGGGAGCGAAACCCACCUUCUGAUCAUCCGACACCGUCAACAUUAAAUUCAUCAUCAAACACAUCAUACUCAAUGUCAGGAAAUGACAAUCCCUCACCUGGCAGGAAGCAUCAGAAAAUAGGAACAGCCCAGUCAGGCUUAAGCUCCAGCACAUCCUUCGAGAAGAUUCAAUCUACCUUCAUCUCCCCGACAAACACAGACUCACCACAGAUGCCUGACAUGAGCACAAUGCCUGGUGUCCCCACAGGGACUACUGGUCCAGGUAGUGCGUUCUCUAUCCCUGCUGGAUGGGAUAUGUCAACGCCCAACCCUGACUUGAGCAAUUUGGACUUGAAUGUGAAUGUCGACUCCUUGAGUGAAGCCCAAUGGGCCCAGAUCUUGAACAAUCAGGGGAAUGCCACUGGAUGGGACAACUGGCGCCCAUCAUGA